AAAAAGUUGGAGAACACUAAAAUAAAUUACAAUUUGCACAAUAGACAUAGACGAACACUAACACCAUUCCCAUUCCUUCCUUUCUCCCCUCUCAGUCGCCGUCACUCCAUCGACACCAUUCCCAACGCCGUUACAAUGCAAGCCAUCAACCGUUUCAUCUCCGUCACACGAAGACUCACCACCGAACUCCGCCACGAAAAUCGCCUCCAUUUGGCACCUUCCAGAGCAUUCUCAACCACAACUCCCGGAGGAGGAUCCCUCGACGACGCGAAUUGGGAAACACCUUCAACUUGGUCAACAGGCCUAACAAAGGACCACUUCAACGGCGAAGCGAAUCCUCAAACAACUCUUUCGGAUCUCCAAGAAAUGGAAGACAAGCUUCAGGAGUUGGAAGAAGAGAAUCGGAAGAGCAAAUCUUAUGUUGAUAGUUGGAAGAAACGAAUGGCGGAUACGUGUGUGUUAUUGAAACAGGUUCGUGAGCCUGGUGCGAGAGGAUCGUAUUUGAAGGAUAGUGAGAAAGCUGAGAUGUAUCGCUUGCACAAAAAGGAUCCUGAGGUUUAUACUGUUGAGAAGCUUGCUAAGGAUUACAGGAUUAUGAGACAGAGGGUUCAUGCCAUUCUUUGGCUUAAGCAGCUUGAAGAAGAAGAAGAGAAGAAGCUAGGUCACCGUCUUGAUGAUUCCGUUGAGCUCUUGCUCGACACUUUCCCUGAAUUUUUUAUUUCGCAUGAUAGGGAGUUUCAUGUAGCGUCUCUUCCUUAUAAACCCGACUUCAAGGUGAUGCCUGAGGGGUGGGAUGGCAUUACUAAAGAUUUGGACGAAGUUCAUUAUGAAAUCUCCAAAAAGGAGGAUGAUAUGCUUUAUCGAGAUUUUGUUGAAAAGAUGAACUUCAACAAGAAGAAAAUGGCUGGAGAGGUGAAAUGCCACAAGUAUAGUCGACGACGCCCUGAAAAUGGAUGGACUUUUACUGUGGAAAAAAUGGGAGCCCGUGGGAAGCGAGGAGGUGGCGGGGGCUGGAAAUUUGCUAGCAUGCCUGAUGGAUCAACCCGACCACUGAAUGAUAUUGAGAAAAUGUAUGUGAAGCGAGAGACUCCACGCCCGCGACGCAGGAUCCUUCCCUGAUUACAUUUUUAUUUGUUUUGACUAGCUGUUAAAAUUAGAAUUUUUAGUCCAAUGCAUCAAAUGGUUUGGGAUAUGCAAAAAUGUAUUUUUGUUUUGUUAUUUAUCUUUUUUUUUAUGGGGAUUAGUUAUUUAAUUAAUCCUGAUCAUAUUGCUUAAUUUAUGCACAAUGAUGUCAAUAAUUAAGAUCCUCUUUGUUCUCAAGAAAAAAAAAUUAACUACCACAGUUUUAACGCAUA